AACCAGAUGAGGUAGUUUAGUUAAUGAUGUUGCCUUUAAAAAGGGCCAGUAGAUUCAUUCCCAUGUGGCCUCAUGUCCUCUGCAGUAUCCACUGAUAGGCUGGUACAUUUUGUCAGGACACUGGUUGGCAUUAGCUUGUUGUCGACAGUGGGAUUCUGUAUUCACACUGAAGUUUGGCAGUGGUUCUCAACUUUGGUCCUCUGAUCCCCCACUAAAAAGAAGUCAGCUGGUGGCAGGGCCUUUUCCUAUCGGGGUGCGUUCUUGUGGAAUAACCUGCCUGCUGCCAUCAGACAGAGUCUGUUGAGUCCUUUAAAUCCAAACUUAAAACUCGUUUUUUUUUGCCUUAGCUUACAAUUAGUUGCCUUUAAGUUGAGUGCUUCACAACCUGUACUGCAUGGCGGGUUGGUUUUCUGUCUCAAUGAAUUUACCAAACACUGUUCUGCCGACGAGAUUAUAGAUUAUGAUGAGUUGAUGAUUUAAUUGAUUAUGACUAUAGCAAACUGUUCUCUUCUCUCACAUUUCUUUUCUCUCUCUGAAUGAUGUCUUCUCUUUUUCUGUGUUUGAAUGGUGUCCUGUGAGUCUCCCUUGCGUGCACGUGCAGUCGGUUCUCCUCCCAGGUCUCUGUGGUGAUGGUGGUUGCCACUUGGAUGCUGCCUGCCAUUCCUCUCCUGUUACAUCCUUCAGUCUGGUGAGGGACAACAAUUAGUGCACUGGGUAACAGUGAGAUCAGUUUAUUUCAUUGACAGUCAUGAGACAGAUAAAUGUGACAACUGGGAAGCAGCGACCAAUCAAACGCUCGCUCCACUCCGCAACUGGCUUCAGGUUCAUCUGUGAUAAUCUGGCCCUGCCUGUUCCCUGUCACUGGGAGAGAAUCAACACUGACGAGCCUUAUCAGCUGAUUCAACUUGGCAGAGACACCUAUGAGUUUAAAGAAGUAGCCAGACUGUAUGAAAGAACAAUGGCACAUCCAAUCAAAUCCAUCCAGAGGAUUCAGAAUCUAGAUCUCUGGGAGUUCUUCUGCAGGAAGAAAACACAGUUGAGAAAAGUCAAGCGCACGCUGGACAUUGAGGAGCAAAUGCUGUUUCACGGCACAGGCCACAGCAACGUACGAGCCAUCUGUACGUACAAUUUUGACUGGCGGCUGACUGGGAGCCACGGCGACGUCUAUGGAAAAGGGAGCUAUUUUGCACGGGAUGCCAAAUACUCCAGUAAAUUCUGUCUCACCACGGGGAAGCACAACACCGCCUUGCAGAGACACGGGCUCGCCCCUCCCAUUUUCGCCAGUGAGCCCCCCUAUAAGACCAUGUUCCUGGCCAGAGUGCUUGUCGGGGAAUACACUGUGGGCCACCCUAUGUACUGCAGACCGCCCUCUAAGGAUGCCAGCUUCACCAACUUCUAUGACAGCUGUGUGGACGACCCGAGCAAUCCAAAGAUCUAUGUCAUCUUCGACAGCAACCAGAUUUACCCAGAGUAUCUAAUUGAGUUCUACUGAUGCCCAAAUCAAGUUCAAUAACAGGCCUUGAUAUGGAGGGUUUGUUGGUUCACAUGUCAAACAGGAUUGGAUUCGGCGCAGUCGUCAGAUGACGAGGAGACACGGAAAAAUGUGCAACUGAAAGGGACAUCGGAUGUUUCUUUUAGUUGCAUCCAGCACCAAACUGGGGCAUGGGUCAUUCAAAGUGCCUUUGGGGAAUAGUGGAAUAGCAAGAAGACAACAAAGCGCUUGUGUAUAGAUUUUAUACUUUAAGUCAGUGACAUUUUAAGAUGUUAGCUGUGCAAUGAAGGGGCCUAUUAUGUUACACUGCUUGAGAUGUUUCUGUGACAUGUUAAAAAAAAAAGAUGCAAAAACUGGAGCAUUCUGGUAUGGUAACGGAUGUAUUUCUUUUUAUCAAUUUCUGUGGCAAUUUUGUACUACCUGCAGUUCUUGCUUGUUGAGUAUCUGUGCACAGUUGUUUAAAAAUAGGAUUGGCACUGUCAGUCUAAUAGGUGAUGUCCUUUGCACCUUAAUACCUGUCGUAAACACAGCGUUUUGAUUCACCUCCACCCGUCAGACAUGAGCCCAGGUGUGGUUCGCCUUGAGCAAGACGUCUCAGAACAUCUGCAGAGAUGUAUACUGUAGUUCACGCUGUAACACCGAUGCUAAAAUGGGCUUCCCCCUCAUCCCACGAGUGUCCCUCAUCCCACAAGUGUCAAAGUCGUGUCAGCGUUGCCCCCAAAUGAUGUCCUCAAGCCCGCUACUACUGCUUACCCAUUUAAAACCGGUUUUUCACUUUGGGUCGUGACGUGUGUGUGUGUGUGUGUGUGUGUGUGUGCGUGCGUGCAUGUGUGUUUUGCACUUUAGUUCAUGCGAAACACCUCUACCUCUGCAUUUCAUGUUUGUUUAUUUUAAAUCAUGAAUUUGCUUCUUUCUUUUUUUGUCCUUUCCAUGAAAGGCUUUCAUUGUGUCACAAUGACAUAAAUUCAUAGUUUUAUGCCGAAUCCUUGUGUACCCAUGACUUGACAUGACACUAACUGUUCUCUGUGUAUGUACAUUAGCAUCUUUUAUUUAGAUCUGAGAGAAAACUGUCAAGGACCAAGGUCAUUUUUUUGUAUGCGUUUGCAACACUAACAGUGCACAGCACAAAUACAAAAUCCAACAUGAGAGAAGAA